AUGCACAAAGCGGUGGUCAUCCUUUGUGUGUUUUAUUUUUUUCAUUUAACUCUCACAGCUUUUAUGAAAAACCGCUAUGAGGUUGAGGUGGAAAACGUUCUAGCUUGUCCCAACAACAAACAAAUCGGGAGCCCCAUUCGAAACAUUAAAUUUUUGCGUUAUAACCGAACUCACAAAUCUCUGACUUAUGAUUUUACAUAUAGUCGACCACUUGAUGAGAAAAUCGGUGGUAGCGUUACAGUGGAAAGAUGGGGUGAUGGGGGUUGGAUUGGUAUACCUUUUAUGGGCUUUCAACCGAAUAUUUGCUCUUAUAUACUUAAAUUUUUUGGAAGUGUGUGGGUACAGUUUCAUAGGAGUUUAGGGAUUAAACAUCCGGAUAAGUGUCCCAUUCCUGCGGGGAAUUACUCGCUUAAGAAUUUCGUGAUUGAUACCGAAGAGAUUACGGUUCCGUUUUGGAGUGGACGGUUUAGGUUCACAACGACGUUUCAGGAUGUUGACACGAAACAAACCAUUUAUUGUCUUAUUUACAUAAUCAAAAUAAAUGAAGUUUUUUGA